UUCAGCUCCGUUUGGUAACUUUUGUUUACGUGCACGUUGUUUUCGUGAUGCUGUGAAGCACCAUUCAAAAACGAAAAGUCAACAGAUUUUCCUACAAGACAUAAAUAUGAGUUUCAAAACUGCAGCUGUUUGGACAGUGUUUUUAUGCAUUUCUGCAUUUCAAAUCGAUGCAAACAGAAGGCAAGAAUCUGAUUUUAACAUAGUGAAUGAACGACAAAUGCAGGGUCUUCCCACACAGCCUAAUAUGCCAGGAAUGGACAACAUGCCUACGCAGCCGAAUAUGCCGGGUAUGCCUGACAUGGAAAAUGUUCCAACGCAACCCAGUAUGCCGGGAAUGCCAGGCUUACCUUCUUCACGACAUUUCCAAUCCAGACGACGUGCACGUGUUAAUCCAACUAUCCCUGGGAUGCCAGGAAUGCCAGGUGGUCCUGACAUGCCUUCAUUUCCAGAAAAGCCAAAUAAUAAUACAAGUAAUGUAACACAGUCAGAAAUCCCUGGUGUCGUUAUUCCAGCUCAUUCAAACAACGUCGUGUACAUAAGAAAUGACUAAACUUUUCUGGUGUUUGUAAACAAUGUAAUGUAGCAAAGCAUAUAUUUUGAAAAUAUCAGUCCUUUAUUAAAACUGUUAGUCUGCUAACCUGAAACGUUCAAGAUUCCAGCGUACUCUUCAGACUGACCUAUUAAUACUAUAUCAUUGAGCAUUAUGGAUUUUCUUUGUGGAUAAAUUAAAAAUGAAAUAUUAUUGUAGUGUGUCUUCUUCAAAUAAAAAUAAGGUAUUAUCUUAAAA